AUGGCUGGUGCUAUGGCUGGUGCAAUCGAUGAACAACCACAUAUAUACAUCAAAUUAUCGAACAAAGAAAAAAAACAAAAUGUUACUAUGAAUUAUCCAUUAUUCUUGGAAUUCGAACAAUAUACACCAGGAAAAGGUACAAGAGAAAAAACUGUUCAUGAUACGAUAUAUCAUAACCUUGAUUCACCACGUGAAGACAACAAAGUUCAAUUAACGUUAAAAACUUUACCUGUAAAUAAAACGGUUAUCAUUUGGGUCUGA